GCCCCCGCCCCGGGCGAGGAGGAGGAGGAGGGGUAGGAGGGUUUGGUUGAGCUGCAGCUGUUUGUCUGUUUCACACAGGCUCGGGCCCGACGGGGGAGACGGAGCCCCAGGACUGUUGAGGCCUGGAAGUCCCCUCCCCUUUUCCCUUCCCCCUUUGCCGCUUUGUGGCAUCCCCCUCCCUCUACCCUUUCCCAUUCUGAUAAUCUGGCCAUGACUAGCAGAAGCACGGCCAGGCCCAAUGGGCAGCCUCAAGCCAGCAAAAUAUGCCAGUUCAAAUUGGUCCUGCUGGGAGAAUCUGCAGUGGGGAAGUCUAGCCUGGUAUUACGUUUUGUCAAAGGGCAGUUCCAUGAGUACCAGGAGAGUACCAUUGGAGCGGCCUUCCUUACCCAGUCCGUUUGUCUAGAUGAAACAGUCAAGUUUGAGAUCUGGGACACAGCUGGGCAGGAGCGAUACCACAGCUUAGCUCCCAUGUGCUACAGGGGUGCCCAAGCUGCAAUUGUGGUUUAUGAUAUUACUAAUCAGGAAACCUUUGCCCGGGCGAAGACAUGGGUAAAGGAACUACAGCGGCAGGCCAGUCCUAGCAUCGUUAUUGCCUUGGCAGGGAACAAAGCACACCUGGCCAACAAGCGCAUGGUGGAGUAUGAAGAGGCCCAGGCAUAUGCAGAUGACAACAGCUUAUUGUUUAUGGAGACUUCAGCCAAGACAGCUAUGAACGUGAAUGAUCUCUUCCUGGCAAUAGCUAAGAAGUUGCCAAAGAGCGAACCCCAGAAUCUGGGAGAUGCAGCAGGCCGAAGUCGGGGUGUGGAUCUUCAUGAGCAGUCCCAGCAGAACAAGAGCCAGUGUUGUAGCAACUGAGGGGUGGCUAGCAGCAAACAAAUAUGGAGCUAGCACGAGAGCUAAGAAAUAACCUCCAUCCCUACCCCUCAGCACACAGCCCCUAUGGUAACAGCACACUGAGCCCUGGCUCCCAAGGGCUGCCUCCUAACAGCUCCGUCAUGGCACUUUUUAACGCUUCAGCAACCAACACCAGGCAGCUGUUGCCACUGGCCUCCUACCCCCUAUUGUGGGGCUUGGGGGUCAAAUCUCCCCAGGACUUACCUUCCAAAACAAACUUCCUUCACUUUGUAUUAUAGGUGCAAGACAGUGAUCUUAUCUUUCCUCCUCCUCCCCCAUGUUCUUUCCCAUAUUUUCAGAAAACAUUUUUGUCUCCUUCCCCCUUCCACUUUUGAUCAGUCCCUGUUCUUGAUCCUCUUUUCCUCCUCUCCCCAGGAUGGAGAAGGUAGUGAACCCAGGAACUGGAGGGAGAUUUUUAGUUUAGUCAUAUUAAGGGCCCUGGGGAAGAGUAAAAGCUCAGAGCAAGAGGGAGUAAGGAAACAUUUCCUUUUUGUUAUUAUUUGAUUGGAGUUUCUCAUGUUUAAAAACAUUGCAGCAUACCUUAGUUGGCCUUGUGGAGGGUGUUACUAGAUAGAAUAGGGAGGCAAGCCCUCAGGCACCAUGUGGGAAUCUUGUUGUUAGCUAAUUGGACAAAGUGGAGGUGCUGAGGCUCUGGAACUCUUCCAAGGCCCAGUUUCCCCUCACCCAGCCUCUUAGGUAGCUUCUCCCCUAGAGUGGGGAUUGGACCCUAGAGUCCUCCAAAGAAUCUUCACUGGUUGCCUGCAUCUUUGGGUCUGUUGUGAUCUAAUUGGAGGAGGGACCAGUAUCUAACACCCAUCCUCUGAUUUAUACAUAUGCAUUUCCCCCCCAAUCCCUCUGGCCUGUAAUGGCCUUAGCCCCA